AAGUCAAUGUAUUCCGAUUUGACGCCGUUAGUUCGGUGUUGGACGUUGCAUAAAAAUGUUUUUCCGAUCACAAAUAGUUGCUGUUCUAAUUGCCAUUGCUGUUGGGGUUGAAGUUGAACAAAUUCGGAAGAUUGUUACAAUUGAGGAUCAUCCUUGGGUGAUAAAAAAUGAGACAUGCCUAAAGACAACCAGCAAUACAUCUUGUCGAAGUCCAUGCUACACGGGACUUCUGUUUGACCUUUUGCAUAAAAUUGACGCCGAGUUAAAAAAUCUUAAUAACUGCAAAAUCCAUGAGGUUGAUUCUUACGGGGUUCUGAAUAAAACUGUGAAGGCUUGGUCAGGCCUGAUUGGAUCAAUUGCUAAUAAUAAAUCCGAUCUUGCACUUGCUCCGUUAAACAGUACUCAAGUAAAAAAUAGUGGAAUUAAGUUGUCCUCCCCAUUCAUCAACAACAAAGCAAAGAAUAACACUCUAGCCUUGGGUUUCCCCAAAGGAAGCAAAAUUGAAAAAGCCUUUUCACAUUUGAUUAAAAAACUUGUAAACCAACGACAUGUGGAGCAACUAAAAGAAAAAUGGUUUGUCGAAGAAAAGAAUUUGUGGUCAAAAAAUAAGCAAAUUACGCCCAACUGAGCAGGCCUUGAUCAACUUGAAUCUACAUCGGUGAAGUAACAAAAUUUUCAACCAAAUGAGAAAAUGUGAAAAAAUUAACUUACAAUUAAAUUAAACUCAUUGCACAUUUAUGAAAACCUUCUUCACGCAAAAAGAUGGUAAAAUAAUUCGAUAAUUACAACCAACACUAUUGAUAUCGAAA